AUGGAAGAACUUGAAACUUUCUCCACCAAUCCAGAGGACCCUAGUCAGGUCUUACGAAUGGGGAAGGCACUGUCCCCUGAAGUAAAAGAAGAGAUGAUAAGCUUCUUGAAAAGGAACUUGGAUAAAAGACGUGCUCUCAACCCAGAGAGGUACGAGGCACUCAAAGACGAAGUAGGCAAGUUUAGCCGUAGUGGCUUCAUAAGGGAAGUCAUCUACCCGAAACCAACUUGUGGAUUCACCGCUGGACAUGAACUAUUGAGCUUCACGGAUGCAUAUUCAGGGUACAAUCAGAUACCCAUGUUCCGACCUGAUGAGGAAGCUACAUCAUUCAUUACAGACAGAGGACUCUACUGGUACAAAGUCAUGCCUUUUGGAUUGAAUAAUGUCGGAGCUACAUAUCAGAGACUGUUCCUGGGAUACAUUGUUAACCAAAGAGGAAUUGAAGCAAAUCCAGUAAAGAUAACGGCCUUGCUGGAAAUGAGGUCACCUCAAAAAUCGAAGGAGGUCCAAAGCCUUAAUGGUCAGAUAGCCGCGCUCAGUCGCUUCAUCUCUAGGGCUACAGAUAAGAGCUUACCCUUCUUCAAUGUGCUUAAGCAAGGAAAGAAGUUCCAAUGGACUUCUAAGUGCAAGGAAGCUUUUCAGGAGCUAAAAAAGUACCUCGGAGAGGCGCCCCUUUUCUCAAAACAUCAACCAGAAAAGUCGCUACUGCUGUAUUUGGUGAUUUCGGACGUGGCAAUCAGCGCUGUCCUAGUCAGAGAAGAAAAUGAGUGCCAGUUGCCAGUAUACUACAUCAGCAAAGCACCCCUCCUAGCUGAAACACGCUACCCAGACAUAGAGAAACUGAGAACAGAUGCAUCAGGAUGCCUGCUAAAAUGGGCGAUCGAGCUACUGUUCCGACCUCGACAUGCCAUCAAGGGCCAAGCCCUUGCAGAUUUUGUGGCUGAGUUUACCAAAGCCCCGAAAAUGGAGGCAACAAUGGAACCAGCCGAGCCCCCAACAUGGAAACUGUUCGUAGAUGGAUCCUCAGGAGAGGCUGGCACCGGGGCAGGAAUUGUCUUGGAAAGCUCGGAGGGUCACAAGCUAAAUUACGCAGUAAGGUUCGGCUUCAAAGCCUCGAGCAAUGCUACUGAAUAUGAGGCCCUUCCAGUCAAUGAAAGCUUUGCGGCCAAAGACAGCAGCAUGGCUACAUACUUGAAAUUGGUUCUGGACCUAGUUCCUCAGUUUCAAAGGUUCGAACUGAUUCAAGUCCCACGCCUAGAGAAUACACAUGCAGAUGCCCUUUCAAAAUUGGCCAGGAAAAAGGAUUCUGAGCUACUAAAGGUCGUCCCUAUUGAACAAUUAUCGAAGCCCUCCAUUUUCGGAGGUGAAGAGGUACUAUGGAUAGAAGGCACCCCAUUAUGGAUGCAUCCCAUCAUCGCCUAUUUAAAGGAUCAAACACUACCUGCUUCUAGAAGCGAGGCGAGGAAGUUAAGAAGAAGGGCUGCGCACUUCAUCCUACAAUAG